GCUGCAAUAGGGAAAUUCCUCUUCACUCCUUAUUCAGCACAAGGUGCAGGUAGUCCCGUCUGGGAACCAUAGCAGAACUUGGCUUCAGAUGUCCCCUCAUACAUUGUGCCCCUUUCUAAACCCAAGGACUGCUGACAGCAAUCUCUUACCCAAUGUCCCAUUGUUUCCAUUGAUGGAGAUGAGGAGGGUUGUGGAAGUCUGUGAUGUGUGAUAUGAGGGAUAUAAAACUGUCUCUCUUCUUACAGGGAGUCCAGAAAUCAGACAGUCAACAUGGAAGCUUCAAUGACGAGGAGAAUGUUCUCAGCUUUGAUGGAAAUGAGAAGAACGUGCGGCUGGAGGAGAAGUUCCGGUUGGAUGACUUGCUGCGGUUAGAAGAAAUGUUUGCCAGUCACAACCAUCAUGAAGAGACGGGGGGGAGGAGGAAAGCUGUGCCGCGCCCACAGGGGGGCGGGAACAUGACCCUGAAAGAGUUUCAGAAGGUUCUGUCUGACCUAUUCGGGUCGCAGUUCUGGGAUCACAGCAUGGAGCUUCUGUUCAACAAGGUGGACACAUCAUGUGACGGACUCAUUGAUUGGAGUGAAUUUUGUACAUAUAUGUUGCUGCAGUACAAGGAAAAAGAGGUGAUGAUGACGAGGAGGGGGAGUGUUCUGGGGGAGCCAAUCAUACGUCUUUGCACCCACAGUAAGCAAGAGCCCACCUGCCGGAUCCUGACCAUCGGGGGCCCCCCAUCGCUCUGCUUCAUGAGUGUCAGCAAAGGAGGGGUCCUCACUACAUGGGACGGCGGCCUGAACCCCCUGAGGUCCUAUGAGAUCUCCUCUGACCCCCAUGAUCCCCAGGCUGGGAAGAGAAGAUUUAAGUCUUGGACUACAGACGCCAUUUAUCUUCCCAAUCUGCACAAAUUUGCCGUGUCCACCACCAGCCGGAACAUCCACUUCUUCGACAUCUCCACCAUCAACAUGUCCGAGGAGUUCUACUUGUGUGCUUUGCAGCAAAUCCCGACCUGCUUCUCGUAUUGGAACAACGUAAAGACCCCUGGAAGCUCCUCUCUCCUCAUGUGGGGGGAUGAUAAGGGCGGAGUUAGCUUGUUGUGGCUUUUAAAGCCGACCUCCGGUCUCUUUGAGAAGCCAUUCAGCCAGCAGUCGGGACCACACAAGAUCUCCAUGCAGGAUCUGAGACAUCAUAGCAAUUUCCUUAGUUACCAGUCCAUCCCGAAUGUCCACUCUGAACCUGUGACCAGACUCCUCUACAUCCCAGGACAGGAGCUUAUCAUUUCAGCAUCUGGCAGCUCCAAGACCUCCGUUGUCAUCAUGGACAUUCAUAGACGAGGGAGAGUUUACACCUGGAAGAUCAGUAAGGGUGUUCAAUGCUUUGACUUCUGCAAGACCAUGAACCUGCUUGUCACCGGGGGUCGGGAUCACCAGGUCAGGCUCUGGAACCAGUAUGUCCCGGGUCGCCCUACAGCGGUCCUCUCGGGACACACGACGCCCAUUCUUGAUGUGAUUGUAUACGAACCCCUCAGACAGAUAUUCAGCUACUCCAAGGACUCGGUCCUGAAAGUUUGGGAAAUCUCCUCCCAUAGCUGCCUGCAGACGCUGCUUCUGAAGUUCCCAUGUAUCCAGCCUGGAAGGAUCCAGGAACAAGGAAACUUCCCCUUCCUCCUGGUACCAUCGCCGCCUUCCAGCUGCCUGCUGGUCUCUUACUGUGACUACAUUGCCAUGCUGAGACUGGCCCAGAAGGGCUCCGGCGAGGAGGUUCUGGUGACACACGAGGCUCCUCUAUCCUCUGUCCUGUACAACGGCUUCUUCCAUCAGGUGGUGACCGCGAGUGAGGACUCCAGCAUAGCGGUCUGGGAUGUGGAAACGGGGGACAAGUUUCUUCUCCUGAGGAACGCUCACGGCCAGGAGGAGGUGACAUGUUUAUCUCUGGACACCUCAAGGAGGAGGCUAAUCAGCGGGGCCCAGAACGGCACCAUCAAGAUCUGGAACAUUCAGAAUGGACACAACCUGCACAGACUGCAGCCGGUGGGGGAGGGGGAGGAGGUCACCCGUGUCCUGUCCCUGCGGGAGAACACAGUCCUCAGCGUCGGCUGGAACAGGAAGAUUGUCACUUACAAUGUCGCAAACACUGAGAAGAUGUAUGUACCCCCCGAUGAAGGAUGGAAAGGGGGUCACCUGCACAAGGAUGACAUCAUGGCGGCAGACUAUUGUCCAUCGCUGGGUCUCCUGGUAACGGCGAGCUUUGAUGGCGAGAUCAUCGCCUGGAAUGUGGAAACGCAGAGACUGUAUCUGUACCUGAGGAAACGUCCGCUGUACAGGCAGAGUUCCAGGGGAAGAGCGGGCAGCCGGUAUUGUCAGAGGGGGCGGAGCCGUGACCUCGGGUGCCCCACGCCGGUGGACCGCCUCCUCUUCCUUCAGUAUCGCGCAGCGCAGAGAGAGGGCGCUGUCCUCAUCAGUUCAGAGGGAGGAGUCCUGUGCUGGUGGAGGAUCUUCACCCCGGACUCCAUAUUCGGUGAUUGUAGUAGAUGAUUCGUCUUUUCUCUGAGUCUGAACACGGAGCGCGCCCAGAGCGGGCAGCCAUUUGGCACGUGCCAUAGAGCGGCUCAGUCUCUGUCGCAAGUCUUGUAAUAAGUUUUCUUAUAA